AUGCGUUUCUCUCUCGCUACUAUUGUCGUCGGCCUCCCGUCCUUGGUUGAGGCCUCCCCCACCACACAGGCCCCGGCCACCAAGAUUCCCUUCCAAAAGCGCGGGAUGCUCAAUCACGCCAGCGUACGUAUGAGCGUGGCUUCGCCAACUACGAGAAGAACGUCGGAAAGGAUCACGGGCAAGGCCUACCAGUCCAUCUCCUCUUUCGGUGCCUCGCCCGUCUUCAACACCAUCGUCUCCGAUGUCCAGGUCGACGCCGCUGUCUUCGCUUUCAAGUUAACCAAGGAAGGCGCCGAGCUCACCAUCGACGGCACCGCGAUAUCUUGGUCCUCAAAGCGGCAAAGGGCCUCUGAAGCAUCGCUGUUCUGCUGCAAGUAG